AUGUGGUAUACUGGGUUGAGGCACUACAGUCCUGAAAAUAUUCUGGGCCGUGUUAUGCUGGGUUGCAGAAAAUACCUUGAACUCCAGCUUUUAGAAAAGGUUGUGGAAUUAUUAUCAGCUAUACUUGAAAGUGAGAAAGUUUCAUCUAUUCUUCUUCCAUCUCUGAUGAAGCUGGGUUUGACAAAUUUAUUGAUCAAUCUAUUGGCUUCUGAAAUGAGCACAUUGACAGGUGAAAGGAUACCUGAAAGGUAUGUUGUUCUUGAUGUUAUUCUUCGUGCAAUUGAAGUUAUUUCCACUUUGGAUGGCCAUUCCCAAGAAAUCUGCUCUAAUAAGGAACUCUUUCAACUAGUUUGUGACCUCGUCAAAUUCCCGGACAAAGUAGAGGUUGCCAACUCUUGUGCUACUGUUUCAGUUUUAGUUGCAAAUAUUUUGUCUGAUGUACCUGAUCUUGCUUUGGAGAUAUCACAUGAUUUGGCUUUUUUACAGGGUUUGCUUGAUAUAUUUCCUUUUGCAUCUGAUGAUUGUGAAGCACGGAGUGCACUCUGGAGCAUUUUUGCAAGGUUACUGGUUCGAGUAAAGGAAAAUGAGUUGGACCUAUCAACUCUGUGUCAGUAUGUGUUGGUUCUAGUAACGAAAACUGACCUGAUUGAAGAUGAUCUUCUUGACCAACAACUAGAUGAUGCCAGCAAAGAAACCAAGAUUUCAAUCAGUUCCGAUAUAAAAUCAAAUACCAGAAAUACAGCUCUUCAAAGAAUAGUCAGCAUUUUAAAUCGCUGGACUGCCCUAAAGGACUCUCACAAGGUGGAGGAUGUAAUGGAAGAACAUUAUGCAAUUGAAGUAGAUGUUGGCAGAUUGUUGGAUUGCUGUCGUAAACAUAUCAUGUAAAUGGAUAUUUUGGUAUUUGGAGCUCAUUCAAAAACACAGCACAAAGUCCCAGUACACUGUAAAGCUUUGAGGAAACUUCUCGGAAUGUAGUAGCGAACAAUCAAAAAUCAACUCAGGCAAUAGCAGAAGCCGGGUGCUGCUCCUGGUGGUGUCUUGUUAAAGGAAUCCAAUCAAAAAGGAUAAACACAAAAUUUACUCGUUCUAAGGAUACUCUUAGGGUAUAUUUGGCAAGUCUUAGUACAAUGUAGUAUCAGUGAUGUCUGGAUCCUUUUUUUCCCCCUCAAAUUUUGCCUCUUCAAUGUGGUGCAUGUGAAAGCAUAUACAAAUUGAAACAUGAGAUACUGUAACUUAAUGUUAUAAUCUAAGUAUUUUCGCAAAUAUGAUCCAUCAACUUUUAUUUU